GGCGCCGCCUGAGGCGAAAAAAAGGCGGGAAACGUGCCCGCCAUUUUGGCCGCCAUGGACAUUGAGGAUCAGAGGUUGAAAGCAGCUUUUCAUUACACUGUUGCCUGCUUGUGCGAAGAAGUUGCUGAAGAUAAAAACAUAAAGAUUAGCAAACAGACCAUUGCAGCUAUUUCUGAGAUCACCUUUAGGCAAUGCGAAAUGUUUGCAAAGGACCUUGAAAUGUUUGCCAAGCAUGGAAAACGGAGCACCAUUAAUGUUGAAGAUGUGAAACUUUUGGCUCGGAGGAGCAACUCAUUGUUGAGGUAUAUUACUCAGAAGAGUGACGAGCUUUCCUUGAAUAACCUGGAACAAAAAGAGAAAAAGAAAAAAAAAUCCGCUGCUAAGAAAGGAGGAAGAGAUUCGAACGAAGAACCUGUGGCAAUCGAGAAUGAAGAUUCCAACAUGGCAUAAAACUCACCCUUGCUGGUUUCCAGAUGGGGAUUUCUCACGUUCAUUGUGGAACCCAGAUCCUCAGUGCCGCCUUGCCUAGAUUACAAUUCUAUUUUUUUUUAAUAUUUAAAUAAGCACAAUGUAUUUGGAAAAUAAACAUUGGGAAAAGAAAAAUAUACCUGAAUGGGGAACUUGGAUGAUUGCCUGGAGUGAGUUAUUUAAGAUGAGAGGGGCCCACCAGAAGGAUGAUGAUUGUACUUCCUUAUAAACAACAAAAGGGGCUUUUAGUUCUUACUGGACAAACACAAAAUCUUCAGGGCUUUACACUGUCUUAAUUUUCUUAGGAAGAAAAGUUAGUGGCUGGAAAUUGGACAAGUCAUAGCAUCCACCACCAAUAAAGCUACAGGCACCGGAGGAGAAUAAGGAAUAUAUAUAUAUAUAUCUUGAGAACUUUCCUGAGUUCACACAGGAAUAGUUCCUGCCCCUUCUCAAAAACAACUUAGGCAUAUUUCCACAUUUGAAUUGUCCUGGAUCAUCCUAAAUAUUCAGUUGAGCCAAAAAGCUCAGUUAUUUUGUUCCUCAGCACUAAUACUUCAUUUUUCAUAUCCUACUAAGCCACAGUUCUUAAACUGGGUUCUGUUGAAUAAGACAGUUGGCUCUCUUUGCGCUGAAGAACAGGUUUUCAAGUUUUCACAAAAUUGGUCAAACCACAUUUAUAGUUCAAAGUGAUACAUGUAACCCCCACCCAUCACUGGGUGGCAUUUUCUUUUUGAACUGGACAGUUCUAUUUUGCAGUUAAUAAAGCAUAUUAAUAACAAUGGAACAAAGUUAAUAAAUA